UGGCAGCACUUUUGUACAUGGCUGAUUUUCAAAUACGCAACUUCCAUCCUAUCGUGAAAACAAUUUCCUUCAACGCAGUGAAAAUGCAAAUCGAAAUAAACCCUCGCCCAGAUCGCAUAGAUCUCGAAGAUUAUUUCAUUCUACGUUUACCAGAAGAAGACGCUGCUUAUCUCCGUCAUCUAAUCAGGACCAAACCGAAAAGUAAAAGGAAGUGUUACCUGAAGUUGGACGAACAAUUCAAAACUGGAUGGUUGCGCCUCAACAGGAAAAUCCUUUCCGGACAAAUGGUUCAUCUACCAACGAUCACGGAUGUCUGUAAAUCCACAAACGGCAUGACCAUCUACAAAACAGGCACCAUCUCGCAAAUGUUCGUCAUCGACGGUGAUAAAACUUUGUUGAACAUCAAACAUGAUAAUUGGCCGCACGGUCUUACAAAACCUUUAAAGAAUGUCCGAAAACAACGAUUCCGCAAGACAAUGCGCAAUGACGAGGAUAUAAAAGAAGCAAACAACAUCCAAACAGAAGUUACUUGGCUUCUCCGCACCGAUUACGAAGCAUUACACUCUCAUUACGAGAUUAUUUAUGAAAAAGUCUAUGAUGAAGAUGACAUCACUGAGGAAGCAUUGUUUGGUUCCAUGAGCGACACAGGAGGAUCAGAAGACUCCUCCGUUUGCGGCUCGCACUACGACAUUAUGGACUUCAAUUAAUCAUAACAACAACAAUCAUUUAAAAAUAUGGUACUUUAAGUUGUUUUCUGUUUCUUUUUCUUCUUUUUCUGGGG